CUCAUUCAACAGGUCUCACCAUGGAGUUCAGAGGAGUGUGUGUGCUGCUGGGAGUACUACUACUGGUGAACUGCUCGUUUCAGCAGAGUUCACAGAGGAGGAUCGUGAAGAAAGCAGAUACAGCAAAGGAUGCUGCCAUAAAGGAGCUACAGAAACAGAUCGACGAUAUCGUCCAGGAGCUCAACCUCCUGAAGGAACAACAAGCCCUGCAGACCGUCUGUCUGAAAGGCAUAAAGAUCUAUGACAAGUGUUUCUUGGCCGACACUGUGAAGAAACGCUACCACACUGCCAGCGAGGACUGUAACGCCCUAGGCGGCGUCCUCGGUACGCCCACAUCCCGCGAAGCGAACGACCAGCUCAGAGACUACAUCCGCCAGAGCAUUGGCCCGAACGAACAGGUCUGGCUUGGCAUCAACGACAUGGUGACAGAGGGCACUUGGGUGGACCAGACCGGCUCCAGCAUUACAUACAAAAACUGGGACACCUCCAACCACCGGUCCCCUCAGCCUGACGGCGGGAUGUCCAGCAACUGCGCCGUCCUGUCCGGGGCCUCCAGCGGGAAGUGGUUUGAUGAGAACUGUCGUGAGGAGAAGCCCUCCGUGUGCCAGUUCAACAUUGUUUGAUCGCAUAGACUGCCAAUGUUAUAGCUGCUUUCAGUGUGUACGUACUCUCCCUGCAAUGCCUGCUUCUCUCAAAGGAGCUUUAAACCAGUGGUUCUCAGCUGGUUUUGCAUCUGGACUAAAUUCUGAUUUAGGAGUCACAGUCAGUUGCAUAAGACAUCGGGGUUUGUUAUUUUUGACAAAAGUGAUCUGGUGAUGUAUCAUUUGCAGCGGUCCUUGUGGUCACAACAAAACCAGAAGCAACGGAAUAAGCCAGAGAUUGUACACAUCAGCUCUUCCACAGGACGAAAACAUUUCUGCCUUCAUUUCAUAGAUUUAUGUACAUAUUCUCCUUAAAAAAAGACAAGAUUAUAAUUUUUGGAAUAAUUCUAAUGCAUAUAUUGGAUGUUAAUAAUUCAAAAUACCAGUACUCCUGCAAUCAAAUGUGUGUAGGUGCUGGGUGUCAUUUUCCGCACAUCUCUUUUAACGGGUUGAGAACCACUGGUUUAAACUCAGACAUCCUUUCACCUUUACUGCAUUUUAACGACAAGACUCACAUGGAGCUGGAAUAAUAAGUGAUAUUGCAUUAAAGUAACUCCACUUUUCUCCGCAUUCUUAAAAAAAAUAUUUCAGUUUGUUAGCCUUGUAGUCUCUUAUAAUGUCUAGCCUGAUGUAACCUGAAAAUUUAACAUCAAUACACUAUGAAAACCCA